CACUUCGCGUGCGGACUCGGGAUCAGUGCACAAACCCGUCCUCCGCUUUGAACUCCGCCGCUCUUUGACUUGAAAUCACGAGAUUUCCUCUACAUUUACUGUCCAGGUGCUCUAGCUGGCCGGAGACCUCCGAGGGGAGGAAGAAGAAAAAAAAGGAGGAAGUGAGAGAGAGGGAGAGCGAGAGAAAAAAAGAGCAGCGUGAGAAAGCAAGAAUAUAUUUGCAAAACAAUACGACCCGCUCAAACGAUCACCGGAGCAACUUAGCUGAGGAACUCAGGACUUUGCAAUCUUUUGCCGAGUUGAUUCAGUUUUGUUUUUUCAAAGACGAAGUUUCACCUGUUACGGAAAAGAACUUGUUUUUCGACCGCGGGCCGCAAUGACUUGUUAAGGGACGAUUUCUGCGCGAGUGUGUGUGUGUGUGUGUGUGUUGUGUUUAGAGAGAGGUGAGUUGUUUCAUCUCGGGGGCGCUCCUCUCCAAAAGUCGAUCCGCUCUGCUCGCCCUCCCGUGAGCCAGGAUGUCCAAGCCCGCAGAUCACAUCAAGAGGCCGAUGAACGCUUUCAUGGUCUGGUCGAGGGGUCAGAGAAGGAAGAUGGCCCAAGACAAUCCAAAAAUGCACAACUCCGAGAUCAGUAAAAGGCUUGGCGCUGAGUGGAAACUGCUGUCAGAGGCUGAGAAGAGACCGUACAUUGACGAAGCCAAGAGAUUAAGAGCGCAGCAUAUGAAAGAGCACCCAGAUUACAAGUACCGUCCUCGGCGCAAGCCCAAGAACCUGCUGAAGAAGGACAGGUAUGUCUUUCCUUUGCCUUACCUCGGGGACACUGAUCACUUGAAGGCCGCGGGACUCUCGAUGUCUGCCGCCGACUCUCUCCUGAGUGCAUCUGAGAAAGCCAGGGCUUUCCUCCCGCACACGUCAGCGCCUUACUCGUUGCUUGACCCCAGCCAGUUCGGCUCCAGCGCCAUCCAGAAGAUGACCGAGGUGCCCCACUCCCUCGCCACCACCCUGCCCUACGCGUCCACUCUGGGCUAUCAAAGCGGAGCAUUCGGCAGUUUGAGUUGCCCAAGCCAGCACACGCACACCCACCCGUCGCCCACCAACCCUGGCUAUAUGAUCCCCUGUAACUGUACCGCCUGGUCCGCCUCCAGUUUACAGCCGCCAGUUGCUUACAUACUUUUCCCGGGAAUGACCAAAGGCGGGAUAGACCCUUAUGCCUCGGCGCAUGCCGCCGCGAUGUAGGCUAAAGAGCUCCGAGCAAACGACUUGUGAACUUGAAUUCGGCAUUGCAUGUACAACACAACCAACAGCAAGUAAAAAGACUGUCAUCUUCAGUUGUCCAGACUCUUGAGGCCUGGAACGAAUCCCCCGGAACAGUAUUGGAAGAAGCAGAAAGAAAGCAGAAUCAAUCUCUCCCGACGCCGACACGAGCACCUUGCAAUGUAAAACAGGGAGAGAAGUAUAUAUAUAACAUUUAAAAGACUGUCGCUGAUGUCAAAAUUUACAUUGCAUGUACAGUAAAGGCUCGAGAAAUCGAAACUCUGUCCCUAGUCUGACCACAGACUCUAAAAGAAGGGAACUUUGUGACGGAGACUGUCUGUAGCAUGAUUUGGGUGCGCUAUGGACGGCGGAUAACUGGCUGUAUAAUUGUAGAUGUUUUGUUUGAAACGCUGCCACUUAAAAUGCUUGGCAGAUUCUCAGUUUUAUUUAUUAUCAUGUAUAUUGGUCUAUAAUACCACGUGGUCAUUUUGUUUCGGAACUGAAUUCUUUCAAGUCCUCAAAUUUUCUUUGCACAUCGGAAACGAGACUUGUAUUAAAACGUUGUCAUCAUAACUAGACGACUUGGCAAUUUCGUUCGGGAUUGCGAGAUAACUUUUAAAAUUAACUAUAAGUGAGGGGUUGUUUAUAACCUAGCGAAGACAGAGUAAAAGUGCACUGACUGCCUUAUAUUAAAGAUAGUCCUCACUUGUUAUCGUCCAUUAGAACUGGUCACGGUUUUAAUUUCACACCGAACUUCAGACGUGAAGUCAAUAACGUUGGGUAUUUUUUAAAUGACAAUUCAAAUAUGUUUAAAAAAAAGGUAUGUCUCCAAUACAAACUGUAUCCAGAAGGAUUUUACCUCGUAACUCUGUUCAGUUGUUGAACACAGACAAUGUUUGAAAUAAAGACAAGCUGUCUACAAAAGUUAA